AGAUUUCAUUUUCUCCUUUUGUAGUUCGUCGAAUUUAGAGGUACGAGAUGUAAGCUAUUAAGAUCUAACAGAAGAAUUAGUGUGAGAAUACUGUAUUGUAAUACACGGAUAUAAGUAUUACAUCAAUCAAUAAAGAUGUCUACAAGUACAAGCGACGCCGCUGAAGGAACGCGAAUGAUUUUAAGAGGAUGGAGAUAUUGGAUUCGGCCGAUUGUGGUUUUACUUUACGCAGCCAUCUUACUGGUUGCUCUACCAUUGUUAGUUGUGGAUCUUGUGCAAGAUAAGGCCAAACCCCUCACUCUUGCGUGGUUUAUUGCUGGCAUUUUUGUCAUUGUAACGAUCCCAAUAUCCCUAUGGACAAUACUACACCAUCUUAUUUACUUCACGCAACCUGAACUACAGAAACCAAUUAUGAGAAUACUAUGGAUGGUGCCAAUAUAUGCCAUUGACUGUUGGUUUGCCAUUAAGUUUCCAAAAUUGGCAAUUUACUUUGACACAGUUCGCGAAUGUUAUGAAGCAUAUGUCAUCUACAGUUUCAUGGUUUACUUGCUAAACUACCUCACGAGGGAAUAUGAGCUAGCUGGAACAUUAGGGAAUAAACCGCAGCGCAAACAUAUUUUCCCGUUUUGUUGUUUACCCCCAUGGCCAAUGGGUGGGAUUUUCAUUCAAACUUGCAAGAGGGGGGUGUUGCAAUAUACACUGAUUCGACCAGUUACAACAAUUAUUGCACUGAUCUGUGAGCUAACGAAUGUUUACCAUGAAGGGGAUUUUAGUCCACGAUAUGCAUGGCUGUAUAUCAUGAUUAUAAACAAUAUGUCACAAAUUUGGGCGAUGUAUUGUCUUGUGUUAUUCUACAUGGCAACCAAGGAAGAAUUGAAACCAAUCAGCCCUGUUGGGAAAUUUGUUUGCGUAAAAAUGGUCGUUUUUGCAUCAUUUUGGCAAGGGGUGGCAAUUGCAAUAGUGGCAGAGGUGGUUCCAUUAAAUAAGAAAUGGGGUUGGGACACUCCGCAAGAAUUUGCAACUGGACUUCAAGAUUUACUUAUUUGUUUUGAGAUGUUUAUAGCAGCAGUUGCACAUCAUUAUACUUUCUCAUAUCAACCAUUUGUGAUAGUUGGACAUAAUAUACCAUGGUACAGAUCAAUAAGAAGCAUGUUUGAUGUGUCAGAUGUAAGAAAUGAUGUUACAGAUCAUGUCAAACAAGUUGGUAACUCGGUUCGUGAAGCGAGACCGCCAUGGAAAUGGAGAAGUAACGGGAUUUCAAGAGAAGUCAACGAGAAAACAAGUCUUCUGCUCAGCCCUUCUUCUUCAGAUGGAGAAGCCAACGUCCUUGGUCAUCAGAGAAGUUCAAAUGAUUUUGUCUCUCCUGAAGUUUUAGCGCCAGAAGAGCAAAAUUCAGACUUGAAAUUAAAACUAGAACACUGCGAUCUAAAAGUGGAGAAAAAUUCAGAUUCUGAGAAUUAAUGCAGUGCUUCCAGAUUGAUAAUUGGCAAGAGCCAUUGUACUAAGUAAGUGGAGUAACCAGCAGAAAGGGAAGCACUGCAGGUGUUCAUAUGAGAAGACGCGGGCUCGUUUUACCACUGUAAUAUGAAAGAAAGAUAUAUUUGUUCCAUUAUAUAUAAAUAUGUAUAUACAUAUUACCACAUAGAAGCAAGUAUUAUACUGCUACCCCAUUGCAUUUAUCAUUUUCAUCCCAUAGGUUUUAACCUUUAUCCACAUUACACACAACAGCUUUUUUAAAACACACUAUAACCAUAGGGCAAGUAUUACAACUGUUGUUUUGUUCCACAGUCUGUCUUGCCAAUUCUGCAUCAUUUUUAACGCAAUGACACCCUACUAUUAUUAUUAUUAUGGAUAUUAUAUACCCUUAAAGCAGUAUAUGUUAAAUUAAGUAAAUUGCAUUGUAAAUUUUGAUAUUGUUAUUAAAUCUCAAAAAUUC